AUGGCUCAAACAGUAAGACGUGCCAUCGAAGCGAGGUAUCCAUCUUGCUAUAUACCUAACAGGAUAAAGGAGAGAAGAGCAAAAGCAAGGGCACUGAGAUUAGAACAACAGCGCAAGCCUGAAAAGCCAGAAGAUUUUGUCUGCUACUCCGACAGUGACAGUGAGGAGGAAACACCAACAGAACAGCACAAGAUUCUCUGCACUUCUUAUAAUUUUGUUGACUAUGUACGAUCUAGAGAAAUACAAGCACCUGAGCCCCGCACUGUGGACCCAUCAUAUGCCACCAGACACAUGCUCACCCAUGACAUGUUCCGUGAGUCUCCAGUCAAUCUUGGAACUCUUAAUAAAGUGUUCUGCUCACAGUGGCUUUCGGACCGCCAAGUCGUCUUCGGAACUAAGUGCAAUAAGUUAAUGGUAUACGACGUCCGGUCUCGUUCGCUGGACGCUAUUCCAACUCUUCGACCCCGCACCCCUUGGCCUGGGGCUGAACAUCAGACUGGUAUACAUGCGCUGCAGAUAAAUCCAUCUCGGACGUUAUUAGCAACUGGUGCGCGCAAUUCUUGCGAGUUAGCGAUAUAUCGCCUGCCAACACUAGAUCCUGUUUGCGUGGGAGAAGCUCAUAAGGAUUGGAUUUUAGACAUGUGCUGGCUGGAUGAUGAGUUUCUUGUAACGGGUUCGAGAGAUUCGAAGUUGGCGCUGUGGCGUGCACCAGAAGAGGCUCCGACGCAACCCCACGCUACGCCUCAACACGAUUAUGUUGCACCGGUGGCAACGCGGGAAUGUAAAGCUGGUCAAAAGGUCCGAGCCCUAACAUUCAACAAGCGGUGGAGUGAGAUAGCAGCAUUGACACUGAACGGCUACAUACACGUGUUCAACGCGGCGACCUUUAGACAGACGCUUUCGCGCAAACUACCCUCUUGCCAGGAUCUCGUCUGUUUAGCUACGCAGGAAAGCGGUAUAUACGCAAUUGGCUGCAAGUCAUACACGCUGCUAUUGGAUUGCCGCACUUUGCAGUCGGUGAAGAAGAUCACGUCACGGUACAACGGGUGCGGCAUCAGAUCAGCCACUUUCCGUGGUGAUCUUCUCACUAUUGGGACUGGGUUAGGGCUACUAAUGUUCUACGACCUGCGAGCCGGCAAAUAUCUCGAAAGCAACAUACAUUCUUCAAAAACCGUCGCAUUAAGGGCUUCCAGAGGCUAUGUGUUCCCCGAUGAAGAAGCGGACGGCUUCAACCAAGUGAAGUACGUGCCAGCAAUAUACACACACUGCUACGACGACAGUGGGACGCGCAUCUUCACUGCCGGCGGACCGCUGCCCGCUCCGCUCGUCGGCAACUACGCCGGAAUCUGGCAGUAG